UUACAUUUAAUUUUGUGCAGAUCAGACCCUCUUUAACAAACAAUUCUAUAAAAGCGGAAUGUGUCUUUCCUAAUAGCCUGUUCGGUUUGCAAAAGUUAAGCUGUGAAGACAUGCGUAUGAAUUAAGCCCCGUUUUCACAGAGCGCGGCUCAUAUUUUACUUAAAGUUGUUAUGUUAUCUUUCAGGGAGUACAAACAGAGAGUACAUUUCGAGCACCAGCGUGUUGGUACCUCUGUAUCCGACUUACAACGGGUGCCUAGUGUUUGUUAUGUUGUCAGUUUCCGCUUACUUAACGAAGAACGAAGAAACCGAGAAAAUCUCUGUCACUAAAGACCUGAUUACUAGAACCGAGGCGUGUAUCGUUUCUUUGAGAAUAGGCUGGGUUGAGUAAUAUUUGUGGGGUAUGGUAUCCUAGUGUCUGGAUACAUUUGCGAUGCAGGAGAAAAAAACGUAAAAGGUGUUUUUUUAAACAAUUUAGCCUUGCUCUGUUAACAGGGUGUUUAAUUCAUGUGCGUAAAAUGUCGUAACAGAUUAGCCUGUGCAGUCCGCACAACCAAGGACGACACUUUCAGCCUUACCUGGAGUUUCGAUAUGAAAAAACUUUCUUUAAAGUAAACAAAAAAAUAACAGCGGAAAGUUUCGUCUCUUAUUAGCCUGCGCGGACUGCUUAUGCUAAAUAAAUAUGGGACGACAAUUUACGCACACGCAUUAAACUCCCUUUCUCAAAGCAGAAUCUCAUUUUUCAGAACAUCUAGAGUUGAAGAAGUACCGUUACAUCAACACUUUGUUGACACAAGCUACGUGGCAAAAACUUAAAUGUCAUCAUAGAGUGUUGAACUAGUUGGAUGGAAUAAUUUUGAAUUAUGCAAGUAGGCAAUAAUUACAUUGGAGACGCCGUCCCAAUACUGUUCAGUGUUAAGACACUUAACCGAUAGCACAUAUUAACUCUGCCCAUUUUCAUAAUAAGUAUGUACCUGACGGAGUUGAGUUUUAAUCGUUUAAACCUGACACUAUUUUAUUACAAUCCAUUCAAUUGAAUGCCUGCGCCUUCAAAUACCGAAUAUAUCAAUAGAAAUCAUCAGACCAUUCAGGUUUAUUUCAAUAGAUUGUGUAUUGGUAUAUUUUGAAUUGAAGCAUUGGGUAUUAUACUUGAAGUAUUGGUUUAAAUGAUUUGUUAAUAAUGUGGAGACGCGUGAAUCACUGCUAUUUAUUCAGGCAUUAAUUUGUUUGUUGUAUUAUUGAAUCAACUCUGAAGUUUAGGAAGCUAUCUGUAGAAGUUUAAACACAGUGUUGGCAAGGGAACUAGUGGUAAGAUUUACGCAGUUUAUUAAAUAUUAGUAAUGUUUUCUAUUAAUAUAACUUUCAUUCGUAGAAAUAAAUUAAACGCUCGCCUUAAACAAAAAAUAUGUAUUUCAUAUCGAAACUAUAAUUAUAAUGUAUCAAAACAUGGGUUAUUUUGGUUUUGUCUUACUAGUUGACGUUGGGACAAAUACGUUUUUAUCCUCCUCCACAGCUAUGUUUUUUUAUCACUAUAAAAUAAAUAGACUACACGGAUUUUGUUAAACGAUAACUUACAGAAGAUUGUUUAAGCGUUACACGUUGGUGAUUGCCGUAAUAACCAAAGGCUCGUAUUUCUCAUUUCUCAAAAAAACACGCUAAAGUGCCAGUUGUUCCUAAAAAAAACUAAAUAUAUAUAAAAUUUCCAUUUUAAAGAAUAUUUAUAAAUACACAAGCGAAACUCUUGAAUACUAAAUCAGUGUGUGGCUAUUUAUUCUGAAAAAUAAGGCAUUAGUACAUACUGAUUUUAAACAAUCUGAAUUUAAUAUAUAUUUAAAAUAAUAAUCCGUAAAGACAAAGAGAGGCAAGUCACUUUUAUCAAGUUGACCAGUUAUUGACAAGCGUAUACCUUUAUAUACAUUGAUAUUAAAUUGCAAUUAUUUUUCGAAUUGUAUACACUAUUUUCUAGUAUAUUAUUUGGGCUAAUCACGGUACAUGUUUGUUUAUUAGGAAGGCCUUAUUUGUGUCAGAAGAUCGUCGAAAAACAAGGGGUAUCAGAAACUUUGAUCAAUCAUUAAGGACGACAUCUAAAAACUCUUGAUUAAACUAGCUACGUGGCGGUCCACAUGCCAUAUCAACACAAGUCGCGUGCGUUACUGCAGUUUUCAAACAUUCCGCGCCGAAGAACAACCUUACUGAUCGGUCAAGGGCACGCACUGUAUGGAUGGCUGACAGUGGCACAAGACAUGAUGAACCGGAAAGAUUCCGAAGACAUGGCAGUGUGUCCAGCAAACAAGACCUGAUUCAGUGGGAAAAUACCUCCGUUGAGACAUGCACUAUACUGAGCUGGCUCGGUUACGGAACGGAGCUCAUACAGGCUCGGAGAGACGCAUAUCGGGAGUCAGGCAAGCUGUUAACUGCACGGGAAUGUGGAGAGGCAACGUAUAUUAUUACGGGUAGCAAAGGUGAGGGGCUGAGCAGCUUCUUGGAAAGUGAUCAUGAUCAAAUUAUUGUAAAUAAUAGAGUAUUCUGUUUAGAAGAUGAUGUAAAGUCAUGUGCCUUUCCUAGGGAGAUAACCGUGUUGAGAUCACUCAGCCGCAGGAGUUACCAUGGUCACUGUAGACUGCUACUGGAGAGAGGCGGUACAACAAUUGACAGGGAAGUAAAUGAUGCGUUUUGUGAUGACGGAUAUGGUCGCGAACUUUUGAGCAGUGACUUGUAUGUUAAUAACUGGUCGAACGAAGACUUGACUGAGGGCAUGGUGCAGCAUGAGCGUGCGGGACCAUCAAUUCCGAGUACAACGCAUGGACACUUGCACUAUGACAAUGUACAUGCAUUACAUUACUACUGCCCCAACAUUCUGUCAAAAUGGGCCGCAAGACCUCGCCACUGGCCGCCACCGGAAGUCGCUCAGAGGGUCGUAUCACUUGGGGCGGUUCUUACGCCUGUUGGUUUUAAAGGAAGUGAAUCUCAACACGUUGAAUGGAGAGUGUGUUUUAACGCCGGUGAGAUGGAACUUAUUAGCAAUCUUAAUGACACUCAAACUAAAUUGUAUGUUUUAUUGAAAAUGAUAAAGAACGAUGUAUUACAUCCACGUAAGAAAGAAGUUUCAUCGUACACAUUGAAAAACAUCGUUUUAUGGAUGGCGGAAAAUAAUCCUCAAGCCUCGUUUCAUAACAAAAGUAUUUUGCAGUGGUUGCAUGAAGCAUUGGAUGCGCUAAGAGUUGCAUUGAUCACCUUAGAGCUACCAUACUAUAUGAUUCCAGAAAGGAAUUUGAUGGCAACCUCUGGACUGGAUGAGGAACAGCAACGCACAUGGAUAUCAACGAUUACAGAAAUGCUCAAUGAAGGUCCGAAGAUGAUACUAAGACUUCCAAAGAUACGAAAAUCUCUCAUUGCUCAUCCUGAACCAUUACGAUGGUACAGCGGGAGGAGAAUUGAGCUGGAGUUGUUGGGGCUCAUGCUCAUGAACAGAGUGGCAAUCUGCAGUGAUGAGAACGGGGAGGUUGACGGUACCGAUGCGAUUGUGCAGGCAUUAGUGAGACGAAGAAACGAGGUUGUAACAGAUGUUUGCGUGAGGAUGAGAAUGGAAGGGAGUCGAGUUAUCAACGCACAGGCUAUUUUUGUUAGAAUUAUGAUGGAAAACGUUAACGAUGAUCAAUAGAUCAGAAACGAGGCGCGGACAACACGUAUUUAUAACUUUUGAGUACAUAUUAUCUUAAACGAAUCACCGAUCAUUGUUGCCGGGAACGUGAAAAUUAUACAACUUAUCGUAUUAGUGAUUUGUUUGUUCAGUAAUUGAUGUUUGACUUGCAGACGUUUGUUUCACUUUUUAAAAAUAUGCACAAUUUUACAAAAGAUUUGUUUACAGUAGGCUGUAAACUUUACCGAAACAAUAAAUUUCGAUACAUUUUAUUAAAAAAUGUCAAUCGGCUUCGCAUAGAUAACAUUAGUUUGCAAAAUAACGUUAUGUAAAGUAAUUUUGCUAUAUUGUAUAUAUCUUAACAAAAUAUGUACGUAUCGCGCUUGGAAACCAGCGGUAUAAUUUCAAGUUAUGCAUAUAUUUCCCUUUAGAGCUUAUAGUAGUAACUCAUUUUGUCGACGUAUGUAGAAAUGUGACUUUUGUUAAUUUGCGUAUGCAUGUUAGGAAAUAAAGUGUGUUUGUGUCAUUUGUAUCUCAUCUUCUUAUCUAAAUGUUCACUUGGUUUAUGGUUGGUAUUGUUAACGCAUUUGCACUGAAUAAAUAUAUGUGUUACUGGCAGUUACUGAAAGUCCACUGGUAUUGUUGUAAUUGCUGUAAAUGUAUCGAUAAUAUUCUUGUUUUUCUUGUUGAGUAGAAACAUUGUUGUGAUUUGUAAUAUUGAUCAAAAAGUAUUGAACACAUGUUUGCACUUAUCGAUAAAAAUGGUGCAUAUC